AUGAUUUUUAUUGGUGUUGAUUUGCUCCGUCUGCUUUUACUGCAUGCGACAGAUGAAUAUUUGCGCCCCAUUUUGUCUGUUCAAGGUAAGUAUUUGAAUUUUUCUUCUGUUUUUAGGCUUCUUCGAGGAAAACUAACGAUAAAUUUAGCAGAAAAAAUAUUUUUUGGUCGGCAGACACCUAAAAUAUUUGCUUUCCAGAAACGGACGAGAUGCAAUCGAUUAUGGAAAUAUUAUGCGAGGUGCGUUCGAAGCGGGCCCGUCGUGGAUCAGACAUCGCGGAUAAUUCUUCAAACAACUCGUCAACUGCAAUGUUUUCAUCGCUCAACUCGGCUUCUGUUGUGUAUUUCGUCUUCAUGGCGGACAAUUUGGAGGAUUUCUUCCGGGAGAAUGUUGGUAUCGUCUUUCCAAAGUCCGUCUGGAUGGUUUUCAUCUGCAUUCUGGUGCUGGGCUUCUGUUCCAUUCGAAAGCUCUCGAAAUUGGGGCCAUUCGCAACCGCAGCCAACGUGAUUUACUUGGGCGCAGUGGCGAUUGUGGUAUAUUUCUUCUCCAGCAACCUGAAAUCGACGGAUGAGCUGACGAAAUGA